UGGUCACUGCCAAACGUUUGGCAUCCUACGACUGCAUUCUGCUUCAAGAACUCAAGGAACUCUUUGGUCAAAGAAUCCUGUGGUAUGACAUGGAAAAUUGCGACACAGAGACGCAAAAAUUUUUCCAGCUCAGCUCAGGGGCAAACAGGCUGGGAUACAUCGAAGACCGUGCCAAUCUGUCUGACAUGACAGCAUUGGUCACACCCAGAGCAGAGCAUGAAGAAGCGAAUCCGGCACAGCCAGAAGUCGCCAUGACAGUCGUUCAGCUGCAUAGGUCUGACCAGAACCAGAAAUCGGUCUCAGUCAAUACGCAGUCACACCCUGAGGUUGAUACCAACAGCGAGUAUGCAGACACUGAUGCUGAUACAGCAGACAUCGACCUGGAAUCGGACGUGAGCACCCUGCCCCCAAGAAGCAGAAGACCUCUGGCGCCCAAGUCACUCACAUCGCUUGCCACGGUGGGAGCUGGACAAAAUGACAACACGCCUGGAAAAAGUGCUUUAAACCCGAUAGACAUCGACACGAACCCGCCAGAGGUUGACAUAGACUCUAACGUGAGCGAGAUGGAUGAGACUGGUGAUAUGGCUGGCCAGGACGACCGCAGCGUGACGCCUGGCUGUGAUGCCCAAAACCCUAUAGACGUUGACACGUGGAUCAAGUGCAAUCCAACAGAAUGGAAAAAUACUUCGGCUCGUGGGACUGUAUCGACGCUCAAUACGGCCUCAGGACAUCUAGAAUUGGAUGGAGGUCCAUUUGAGGUCGGUGAUGCAUAUGGAGAGGUGCACCAGCUGAAGCUAGGAAUGCAUGUCAAGUGUGACAUAGAAUUUCUGCAGAAGCUUUUUGCAAUGAUAUCCCAAGGGUACAUAAAUGGCAAACCAAAGCACCUGUUGGCUCCAGAUGGGUCUUCAAUUGCCAUUCUUGAUUACAGUGCCUAUCAGACCCUGUCUGGGCCGGCUUUCUUGGAUGUUUUGCAACAGAAGGGUGUUGUGGUUGUCAAGGAAUGGCCUUCAAUAGGCCUUCAGUUCAAUGCGGGUGGGCUGGCAACUCUGGAGACCCCUGCCUCAUUUAUUUUUGAAGGUCAAAGUGUUAUGGAGCAUGUUCGGCAAAAGGACUAUGAAGGAACACUGGAACACUUCCUGGAGGCAUCACGGGACCCACUUGGAAGGAUACUCAACUCAGGCAAGCUGCCCCUCAGUGAAUCACCAUCAGGGUCAAUGUUUCAGCCAUUCUCAAGCGACAUGGCAGCUUGGAGAGCAACCAAGGGAGAGGUGGGGGCAUGGACCCAUACACCAAUCCCGAUCUCCUGUCUUCGCUGGGCUGAGGCGACGCUGAGCAGGUCGAUUAACCUGUGGCAUGUGUCUCGGGAUGGGAUGUGCACCUUCAUGGAUGUCCUGUGCAGGUCAGCAUGGUGGAUGUUAGGGUUGCCAGGGGUUAACAAUGACAUUGACACAUACCUCCAGGAGGAGUUUUGAG